AUGCAUGAAGAUCCAAAUUCCGUUGUAAUUCAGGCCCAAACUGGGUCGGGGAAGACAUUGACGUAUUUGCUACCACUUCUGGCCCGUUUGGAGGAUAGAGCAUCAGUGCAAGCAAUGAUUGUUGUACCGACUAGAGAACUGGGAUUGCAAGUUGCCAAGGUUGCAAAACGACUGGCGGCAAGAAAGUUUAUGAUUAUGAGUUUGCUUCAGGGUAGCCAGUUAAAGCGACAACGAGCUUGGGCAUGGGCCGAGACGCCUCAAGUGGUGAUUGGGACACCAACAGAAAUUCUGGAUAUGGUGCAAUAUGGUGGUAUUCCAAGGAUCAGCACUAUAAAAUAUGUAGUUGUGGAUGAGGUGGAUGCAUGCCUUGUGCACAAAUCUGGUGCCGCACUCACCAGUAAGGACAAAACCAUAUCAUCAGAUUUGCAUGUGCUUCUGUCCAAAUUCUUGAGCCCAACGUUCGCAGAAGAAGAGGACGACACCGCCUAUCUAGAAAACACCAAAACCAAGAGACAACGAAAGUUUAAGGAACGACAAACUGUAUUUGCCUCUGCCACGAUCCCACAGCAUCGCCAUUUCCUGAAGCAAUGCAGGUCGAAUCAAUGGACUUUGGAAGAACCAGUAUUCAUCUGCACAAGUUUGGGAGAAGCCCUACCCCCAACUUUAUCCCAUGGCUACAUGCUUUGCCAAUCAAAAGAAAAGAAACUGGCUAGUCUCCGGAUGCUCGUUAAGAAAUUGAAAUCUCCUACGAAUAAAGUCAUUAUCUUCUGUGAUUCCUUCCGACCAAUGGAAGAGAUGGGAAUGGCACUGGCUCAUGAUGUAGAGGGGAUCUAUUUCCAGAGUCGGACAGAUAAUCCCGAAGAACAAUAUUUGCAACCAAUGACAUCUGUCUUACGAUUUGAAGACUCCCUUAGCCAACGUGCCGAAGCCACCGACUCGUUUUCGGAUCCUUCCCAGUUUCGAGUCAUGCUUACGACUGAUUUGGCUGCCCGUGGCUUAGACAUUGCUGGGAUCACCCAUGUGGUACACUUUGACUUGCCUCCCGACGCAGAUACCUAUCUUCACCGCUCGGGACGAGCAGGUCGGUUGGGCAAACGCGGAAAAGUCUUAUCUAUAUUGACUGAGGAUCAAGAGUUUGUUCUCUUUCGUCUGGGCAAUGCUCUAAAUCUGGACUUGAAUUUGGUUGGAAGUCGAAAGAAGAGUCAAAAGCAGCAAAAAUCUUGA